UUAAAAUUUGGUAGCACUACCGGCUGCGACAAAUACUAAGCCCGCGACAAAUACGGCGUGAACCAAGCCCUCUUGCAGUUUGAGAUUGGAGGUUGUGGGUGUUGGUUGCGAUUCGGGAGAGAAAAUUAAAUGACAAGAAUCGAUUAGAUAGUUUUUGGUGCUAUUACUGAGGUCAGCUUAAUGAGGUAGCAGGUCUAUCCUGCUACUGGCUGCAGGUGGUUGUCAAACAGGCAGUUUCCACUCAUCAACCAUGCUGUUCAACACAAAGUACCUCAGAAGUGACCACAUCACAGGAUUUGAGAACUAUAAGUACAACUCUGUGGACACCAGCCCAUUGAGCAACUAUGUGAUGCACCCAUUCUGGAAUGCUGUGGUCAAGAUCUGCCCGCGCCGGAUUGCGCCGAAUCUGCUCACGCUGACGGGUUUUCUGCUGACGGUGGUGAACUUUGGCCUGCUGACCUUCUACGACUACUACUUCGUGGCGUCUAGCGUGUCCAACAAGCCGGAGGUGCGACCGGUCCCGCGCUGGGUGUGGCUGAUGGCCGCAGUCAACCUCUUCCUGUCUCACACACUCGACGGCAUUGACGGGAAGCAGGCGCGCCGGCUGGGUAUGAGCGGUCCGCUGGGCGAGCUCUUCGAUCACGGUCUCGACUCUUGGAGCUCAUUCUUCAUCCCCAUCACACUAUUCUCCGUGUUCGGCAAGCUCGAGUACAGCAUCCCGCCGAUCCGCAUGUUCUUCUGUAUGUGGAGCGUGUUCAUGUGCUUCUUCCUGUCACACUGGGAGAAGUACAACACCGGACUGCUUUUCCUGCCCUGGGGAUACGAUCUGUCGCAAGUGAGUAUGCUGCUGCUGUACCUCGCCACGUUUUUCGGCGACUACACGGUGUGGAAGUGGUCGCUGUAUAACGCCGCCGACGGCACUCCCAUCAUCACCGCGGGCGCCACGUUCGAGAUACUCAUGUGGGUCGGAUCGCUCGGCUCGGCCCUGCCCGUCACACUGUGGAACAUCUACAAGAGUUACCGGGACGGCACGGGCAAGGGUCGCAGUCUGGGCGCCGCGCUGCUCCCGCUGCUCUCCCCCUGUAUCCUGCUGGGCACCGCCACAGCGUGGGCGCUCCUCUCUCCCAGUGACGUCAUCAACGUCGACCUGCGGCUGUUCACCUACGUCAGUGGCGUGGUGUUCUCCAACAUUUGCUGUCGACUGAUAGUAGCGCAGAUGACCAACACGGACGUACAGCCGCUGAACCGACUGCUGGCGCCGGUGGCAGUCGCCGCUGCCGUGGCGCUACUCAGUCCUCAGUCCUCGGGGGCCGAGAUGGGCGCCCUCUGGACGUUAGCCGUGCUGGUGACGCUCGCCCACCUCCACUACGGUAUCUGUGUGGUACGGCAGAUGUGCCACCACUUCAAGAUCCCGGCUCUCACAGUCAAACAAAGGGUCGAUUGACUAUUAGCCGACGAUGCCUAAACGCUAGAGGAUUUGUAUUGGCCACGCCGCCCGGUCACAGACUGACUCCAGCGCCGCCGGCCGCCGGACGGGCCCUCCGGGGGCGCCACUGGUCCUCCGGGGCGCCACUGGUCCUCCGGGGGCGCCAGUGUGCCCUCCGGGGGCGCCACUGUGCCCUCCGGGGGCGCCACUGAGCCCUCCGGGGGCGCCACUGUGAGCCCUCCGGGGCGCCACUGAGCCCCUCCGGGGGCGCCACUGACCCUCAGGGGCGCCACUGAGCCCCGGGAGCGGCCCGUCCCCUGACCCUCCCCGGUCAGCGGCCGCGGCGCCGGAGUCACACACUAGAACUGACGCAAAACGCGCUCCAGUUCAGUUGCACGUUUGAAUCAAGGAACACACACGUUUGGGUUAAUUUUAGCUGUCAGUUUGAAUUGGGGAAUUAUUUUGGGGUUUGUUUAAUUUGGUAGACUUAGUUUCGCUUUAGCUGUUGGGAUUUAUGUGAUCAGGGUGAUUUCGCGCCGCGUGAGACCAAUCGUUAUCAUUUCGUAUGGUAAUCUUCUAGUGUUGGGUAUCGUCCCGAAUCGGAAUGGUAGGGCGUAGUGGGUGGUCACCCACUGGGUUUAAUCAGGUAGUUGACUGGCUCGUGGCCACGGAGGGCUUUGACCUUUGACCUUCAAUCAAUCAUCUGAGGCGUCAGUCUGUGCUGCUAUACCCUGGACAAGGUACCGAUAGGUAGUUUUACUAUUGCUACUCUGUUCAGGGUAGUUCAUACCUAUUUUCCACCCCGGGCUAGGCACAGAUGAGGACGCAGCUCACAAAAAGGUCAUAACGCCCUCCGUGGCCACAGCCUCGGAUGAUGCAUGCUGCAUGAUAGGAAAUUUGGGAUUGGGGAGGGCUCCUAGGUUGGAUGUGUGUCGUCUGAAAACCGCGUCAGGGCUUUAUUUGGGAAUUGGGAAACCGCGUCAGGUAAUCCAUGUGUUAAUUUCCAAUUUGAUACGCACUCAUUGCACGCUAUAAUCGACUAGAUAAGUAGUACAUUGACGAGCACGGUACUGUUUGUGGCAGUCCGUUCCAUGCCGAUCUCCUCUCAUUGUAACCCGCAGUCAGCCAGCGCCGGCUGCCGCCAAUCGGCGCCGUAGUUUAGCCUCUGACGGCGCCGAUCGCUCCCCGAGACGAGACCCGCCUCGCCUCCCGCUCUGCCAGGCUAGUCAUGGAACUGUUCCUCCCGGUCCGAGCGCGCGCCGCUGACAGCGUAUUGUGCUGAGUUUGAGUCACUCGACCAUUCCCGGCAGAGGGAAUUUAGUACCCCCUGUCGGUGCUUCGCGUUAGAUGAUUGCCGAUGAUCUGCUGUAGCCCGCUCCAGCAGUAGUCAGCUGCUUGCAGGGCUGCUCGCAGCGGCCGCCAAUAGCUUGCCUCCGUUCGUUUGCGUUGUUUAAUGUGGAGUGACGCCGUGGUCUGCAUCAGACCUCAAUCCAGCGCCAUAAUCGCCAAGCCAGCGCCAUGAUUGUCGCAGUCAGCGCCACUUUUGUCGCAUCCAGCGCCACUAUGUCGCAGGCAGCGCCACUAUGUCGCAGGCAGCCUCAUCAUUUUUGCGACCAGCGCUAAUCUUGGCGCGGUUGGCACCAUAGUCGCCGCAGCCAGCGCCAUGAUUGUCGCAGUCAGCGUCAUAAUUGUCGCGUUGCCGCUCCGUAUCACUCAUCCCGGCGCGUUCAGACCAUCAUCGUGACUUUCCGCAGGCUCAUGAGCCGUCGUGGCUUCCCGAUGCAUAAUGCGACUCAGUAAAUUGGUGAUUUGUCAUUUGUUUCGUCUCUGAUUGUGAUUGUAUCAGCCAGACCUACCGUGACGAAUUCGUCCGUGUGGCAGGCGUUCCUUUUUGGUACCCUGGUACAGCGAGUUGUGGGUGGUACAUUCGGUAACCAGUACCGGCGACUGGCGAGUCAGAGGUGUGUGUGGACUGUCGACAAACGCUAGCGAUAGGAUGAUUACGUGUAUGUGUGUGUGAGUGUGAUGAGCUGGUCGGCUGGUCCUGAGGUGGACUGGAUCUACGGCGACGGGUGACUAUUGUAUACCGAACAAUAUACCGUCUGUACCGAA